UUCACUGAAAAAACAACCGUGGGGGCUACAAAGGGAAGAGCUGGAGGAUAUUACCAAGAUGGAGGAGUGUGAGAGUCUGGACUCGGAGAUGACCGAGCUGCAGGAGGUUCAGAGCGAAGCUUCAGAGGCCCUCAGCCAGGACGAUGAAGACGAGGAGGAGGAACUGCGGAACAGUCUGCGAGAGGCUGUCCAGGACCAGUCUGUGAAGCCACAACUCCAGUGCCUGAUGGUGGAUCAAUCGUUCUCUAUGGUGACCGUUCAGAGCGAGGACAGCGGUAUUGUUUGGGAGACGGCCUCUAGCCGCUGCUCUACGCCAUGGGCCUCUGAGACCAGCUCCACCUCUGACGCCUACAGCAUGGAGGGGCCUGGAGCCGCAGGAAAGAUCACCAUCGUCUUUGAUGAGGAGAAAGUCAUCCGCAGGAGGACGAGGUCCGGAGGAAGGAGCCGGCUCGGGGACAGGCUGAGCCGACCUGGUAGUUCAAGGUCGGCUUCAGUCCUGGGAGUGGAGCGACCUGAGAUGGCGGGGGUGUCUCUUCCUAACAUUAAAAAGGAGAAAAGCGAAACAGAGCCGGACUUGGAGGAAAUCAAAAACAAAGAUCAGCAGCUGUUUAGUUUGAUUUCAGAGGGUUAUGAGAUUCUCAACAUCAGAGUCCCCUCCAAACUUCCCACUGUGGAUGAGGAAGAGAGCACAGAGUUGAAGGACAAUUUGUCCUAUUUGGACCAGACACCAAUGAUCAGGUCCCGAAACAACCAUGACUGGACACAGAAUCCAGCCCUGCAGGAGGAGGGGGAAGUACUGGAUCCCCAUGAGCACUCAAAGCAAGACUCUUCUCAGCUGUCAGAGGACACAGAGCACAGACACGCACACACUCAGAAGGAGAGCACAGCGGACAUAGAUUACUUCGAGCCGUUCACCAUGGUUGAUGUGGCGGUUCCUGAGGAAGAAGAUCCAGAGCAGCAGGAGGAGGAAGAACAGCCUGCAGCAAAGCCCAAAGUUGAGGAGCAAAAGGAGACAGCCACAGACAGCCUGUCUGCAUCGGAGGACUCCUUUGACUUUGUUACAGAUGUGGAUAUAGUUGGGGAACACCUGGAUGAGGUCUUUUACGGAGAAGGAGCUCCUGCUGAUGCGCUGCAGCGGAGCAAUGAAGAUGAGGCUGAGGGUAGGAUGGGAAUGAGACUAGAAAGCCAGAGAUCUGUGAAGGAGAAAGGCUCUGUGUUGUUUGGGGGUGAAGACACCAUCCUCACGCCCAUUUUUAUCUCCUCUGGACCCCCUAAGAUCAUCGACCAAAUCCUGUUGGAUGAGCCCACCGCCAUGUCCUUCAUGUACUCUGACCUUUACGAGGAUGCUGUAGGCGAGAGGACAAGGAGCGACGAGGAACACUCUGAGGCAGAGAGCGUUUCAUCAGAGAAGACCUACAGGAGACGCUUUUCAGAUUCAGAGGAGGAAGGGUACCUGGAGAAGUUUACUUUGAAGGAUGAAAUUCCCUCGAUGGAGGUUCAACCAGAGUCAGAGGAGGGUCAGAAGGAGGGUCAGAAGGAGGGUCAGAAGGAGGGUCAGAAGGAGGGAAGGGUUAUAUGGUCGCAGAGUAGGUUUGACAUAACAGGAUGUCUUACAAGAGUGGACAAAGAGGACGAGGAGGACAAGACAGAGGAACAACAGACACAGGAGGUUGUUGAAGAUAAAAGUGAAGAUUUACAAUCAGCAACAUUUGAAGAGAAAGGAGAAAUAGUUGCAGUGGCAGGAAAGGAAGAGGAAAUACAACUCUCUGCUGUGACUGAAGAGCAAGCUGUCAGAGAAGCUUCAGAGGAAUUGAUUCAGGAUAUUAAACUUGGAGAUGAUCAGAUGGAGGACCAGGAGGUGAAACAUGAGGUAAAAGAAGACCAGAUCCAACCUACCGAGAGCCACACUGAAAAACCACUUCCUGAAACUCAACAGGUGGACAGUAAAGUAGAGAAAGCAAAGGAAAGCGAGGAACAUGAGAGGGAUUUGCCAUCAGAAACAACUAGCAUUGUUGAAGCCGAGCAGCCGCGUCAGACACAAGAAGUGGUAGAAGAAACAGCUCAGGUGGAGGUAGACGCUGCAGAGGAGACAGCUGCUGCAGCGCCUGUAGACAGUGAGGAGCCUCACAUCAUCCCUGAGCAGAGUUUGUCUGAGGAGAGUACUGAAACUAAGAUGGCUGCUGCUAAUGAGAAAGUAGAAACCGAGGCCAUAGCAGAAGCUCCUGCCGAAGUAAAAGAACCUGAGACUGAAAGACAGGAAAUGCACACCUCGGCUGAAACAUCUAUCGGUGGGAAACAAGAAGCAGCAGAAGGUGUUCCUGAGGACGUUGCACCUGUAGAGGUCCUCCUCACUGACUGUGAUUCUGCAGUACAUGCGUUGGUGGAGGUAACUGAAAAAGCAGUGGAUGAAAAAGAGAUCCAAACUCAAGUUCAGAUUGAUCUUCAGGAAUUAACAAGUACUGAGACAAAAGACAUUCAAACAGCAGCUCCUGAAGGGGAAGACAGCGCUCUAACAGAUGAAACCGCAGUCAAGAGCCAGUCCCCGGAAUUAAUUAUCGAUAUCGCUGAAGCUGAUCAGGAGCCAGAGGUUAAAGCAGAGAUUUCAAGUGAAGUAAUAGAACCGGAGAUGCCAGAAGAAGUCAAGAUGGAUUCACAGGAAACACAGCAUGAGUCAAUGCCUGACAGUGAGCUCGCACCUGAAGCCAACGAUGAAGCCAACGCUGAGGUAACUGGGAGUGUUGCUCGGGAGAAGGUUCAUGUAGAUCAUGAGUUUAUCCUCCUUGUUCCCAAAGGACAAGUUGUAGAGGUGGACAUCGAGUUCAGUCAGACAUCAGAGAAGUCUACAAGUGAUACAGUAACUCUUUCUGAACCUGACAGCACAUGUGAACCAAUAAUUGCUCCUGAACCCACGGCAGUAUGCCAAGAGACUUUUCAGGCUCCUAAUGAAGAAACAAUUCAUCUGGAAGUCAAACCAGAAGUUGUAGAUAUAGAAACACUACCAAGAAACGAGUUAGAUGCUAAGUACUCUCCUCCAGCAACUGCAGAGGGGCAUCCCAUAGAAUCUGAACCCACCACAGUAUGCCCAGAGACUCUUCAGGCUCCCAAUGAAGAAACAACGGCAGAGCCUCAACUGGAAGUAGAACCAGAGGUUGCACAACAGGAACUGGCUCUUCCACAAAAUGAGUUAGACACAAGGUCUUCCCUUCCAGCACCUGAAACCAUCACAACAUGCCCAGAGACCAUUCAGGCACCAAACGAAGAAACAAUGAUCGAGCCUCAACUGGAAGUAGACCCAGAGUUUGCAGAGAUAGAAACACUACCCAGAAAGGAGUUUGAUGCUGGGUACUCUCCUCCAGCAACUGCAGAGGAGCAUACCAACGAAUCUGAACCCCUCACAACAUGCCCAGAGACUCUUGACGCUCUCAAUGAAGAAACAAUGACGGAACUGAAAACAAACGUUGCACAGCCGGAAGACGUUCUACCCAGAAACGAGUUUGACACUACGCACUCUCCUCCAGCAACUACGGAGGAGGGCAACACAGAGGAGCAGAAGAUGGAGUUGGACUUUAUAGAAGACGAGGGUGUUGUUUCCACUCUGAGGAGCUUUACUCCCCAGGAGGAUUUGUCUGAGCUACAGCCAGAGGAAAGACAGUCAGAAGCAGCAGAUGUAGAACAAACGGUAGAAAUGCCCACAGUGGAAGAGGCCCCAGAAACAAGGCCUGUUAAAGAGGAUUUCAUUCCAGAAAUGGAUCUGCACAAAGAGGAUGUAGACCAAAAGAUCGAACAAGAUGUGGAAGUUGAAGAGGCUCAAGAGGACAUUGUUGAGGAGCUUGGAUAUGAGAUCAUAUCUAAACAGGAUGUCAAAAAGAUGCCCGAACCUGAGAUACACAGAGAUGUAGAGGAACCAAAACUGGAGUCUGGUCAGGAGAAAGAACAGAAGAUGGAGAUGGAGAUGGAGAUGGAGAUGGAGGUGGAGAUGGAGAUGGAGAUGGAGAUGGAGGAGGCGGAGGAGAAAGUCCUUGAUGUGUCCCCAGAAGAAGAGGUCAUUGAAGCUGAUUAUGACAUCAUUGACGCAGAGGAGCAGAGUCAGGCCCAGCUGGCUGCAGAGCUGCAGGGGAUGGACUGGUUCUGUCUGACCUGUGGCGGUCUGCUGGCAGAAGACGACUGCAGCUCGGGGGAACAUCACGACCACGAAGUGACUGCUGUGGACAAGGCCUAUGAGGAAAUCAAGGAGAAGCUGAGCGACUGGAUCUCAGAGCUUCAGGGCAGGUCGGAGAACAUCGAGGACCUGGUGUCUGAGCUCGAGCUGGCCUACAACUCUGUAGAGGACCAGUUUGUGGAAAGCGAGGCCGCGAUGCAGGCGCAGAAUGAGGGGAUGAUGGCUCUGGUGAUGGAGCAGUACAACAACAUGUCUGUCAGCAUGGAGGAGGAGAAGAAAGCCAAAUUGGAGCAGCUUUACGACCAGAUUGUGUCGUUCCAGGAGAGCAUCGACUCGGCCAAGGCCACUCUGGAGACCACGGCCCGAGAGGCUGAGACUGACGCUCGGUCACCUGAUGAAAUUCAUGCAAGUCUCAAGGCAGCUCUGGACUCAGCCAUGUCACUGGAGCUGGGUCCCAAGGGCCUGCUGGUGUUCGAGGAUUACGCCAAGGGCAACACUUCCAGCUCAAACCUCGCACAGCGCAAAGGAAUCCCAGUGCCUCAGAGGCCCACGCUGCAGGCUCAGGAGCCGGGCUCAGCCUCCAGCACCAGCGUCACUGUCUACUGGAAGGUCAACCCUGGAGACAUCAUAGACUGCUUCCAGGUCUACUGCAUGGAGGAUCCACAAGGAGCGGUGUCAGAGGAGUACCGUGUGACGGUGAAGGAGAGUUACUGUGUGCUGGAGGAGCUGGAGCCUGACAAGACCUACAAAGUGUGGGUGAUGGCCGUCAACUACACAGGCUGCUCUCUGCCCAGCGAGAGACUCACCUUCAGAACCGCUCCAUCAGUGCCAGUGAUCGACACGGAGCGCUGCACUGUCAUGUGGGACUCAGCCACGCUGCGAUGGAGCUCAACAAAUCUGACUCCAGAGCAGAGUUACACCCUGGAGUACUGUCGCCAGUAUGAGCUGGAGGGAGAGGGGCUCAGGUCCAUCUCAGCGAUCAGAAGCUGUGAACAGAAGGUUCUCCUGCAGCCCAAUGAGAAUUAUCUGUUUUACAUCAAAGCUGUGAAUGAGUCUGGAGCCAGCGAACAGAGCGAGGCGGCCCUCAUUUCCAGCAAAGGGACGAGGUUCCACCUGCUGAAGGCCUCGGCUCACCCUGCUCUGGAGCUGUCAGUGGAUCAGACCACUGUGCACUACUCUCAGGACGCACAUGAAAACACACAAUCUACAGACAAACAGUGUCCAUCCAUCCUGGGAGAGCUGUUGCCGGCACACGGACAUUACUACUGGGAGACCGUGGUGUCAGGGAGCACAGCUUACAGGAUCGGAGUGGCAGACAGCACAGCCAAUAGAAACAGCCCACUGGGAGAAAACAGCUUGUCAUGGUGUUUGCAGUGUAUCCCAACACCAUCAGGCUGCAGUUAUCAGCUGCUGCACAAUGAUGUCCAGUCCAGUGUGUUUGUGAUGGAGAUGCCUGAGCGGGUGGGCACUCUCCUGGAUUACAAGCUUGGUCGUCUGUCUUUCUACAACGCUCAGAGUGGGCAGGUGUUGGGCUCUUUCUGCCAGCGCUUCCCCCAGCCGUGCCACCCUGCUCUGGGCCUGGAGGUGCCGGGCAGCCUGGAGGUCAGCAUGGUGCAGGAGGUGCCGGAGUUUACCAAGGACAGCUAGCUCUCACUCUCUGAGGAGUUUACAGUUCAUGUUGGACAUCAUUUGAUUUGAAGGAUCUCAUCGUAUAACAAUUGAAAUGAAACUGCAGAUAUGCAGGAUGUAAAAGAUGUGAAGACAGAGGACUAACUUGUUCCCAUUCUUCUCCAAUUAUUGGUUUGUGUGUUUUUUUUUGUUUACCUCAACACACCGUCUCUGAUAAACAGGAAACAAACCCAACAUGUAUCUAUUUUUUAAGCAGAAGCUGUCUUGUAAAAUCAGUGAAAAUAUGACAGUCUGGAAAACAACUCGAUUGAAAUUGAGUGCCUUGCAUUUUUUUUCCACAGUUGAGUUUCUUCCUUUGUUUGGUCAAUGGCAUGUUUUGGAUCAUUUUGUAAAUUUGACCAUAAUAUUUGCUGAUUUGAUUUUUUUUUUUACUGUAAAUGUUCUAGGAUUGACUAAUUUAAAGUUUUCAUUCAUCAUUGAAGUGAAACACACAUUGUACUCAAACAAUAGUAAAGCCUUUGAUUUUGGAGUUUAUAGCUCCAAGAAACAUACUGUGGCACUUUUGAACUGUAUUUCAUAUUGUGAAUUUGUGUAAAUAACCUUUGUAAACAGAUGUGACCUCUUCUAUAUUUUGUUAUGUGAGACUGGUUGCAAGAGGAGAUUCAUUUUGUUUCUCUCUUUGACUUGAUGUUAACAUCUGAGCUGAAUUAACAUGUUUAUUUUUCUAUUUGCACAACUUGACUACUUGUUUGUUUUCAGCUCAUAACACACACCUACCACCAGAGGGCCUAAUCCUUCCAUUAUUGGCUGUGAUAUCGGCUCAAAAUUAGUUCCUAACAACUCCUGCAAAAUCUAUCAUGCACUUAAUAGCCGUCCAGAUUGAUUUUGAUGACUUACAGCUACUGUAGAUGUGGGAGCCAUACACCUCAGACAGGCUACAUGGUUCUCCAGAGGACAUGUCUUUUAACAAUUAUUACAAAACUAUUUCU